CUGUUUUUGACAUUUCGUUGCGCCUGUGUCGCCGUCACUGCCGUAGCUUACACGUCGUCGAUUUAUUUUAUUUUCUAAUUUUUACUGCGAGCAGUAUUGUGAUACACGUUCAUAGCAUUUUUGCCAAUUAACCAUGUCGUCUGCUGAAGAAACGUCUCAAUUGAAAGCAGGACAUCCUCCAGCUGUGAAAGCUGGAGGCAUGAGGAUCACACAGCACAAGACUCCUCACUCGAGGGACAGCAGCAAAGAGCCUGCAAACGAGGAUCUGACCGGUCUAUCCGGGCCUUCUCCAGUUCCCUCCAACCCUGUGUCUAUAUCCGGUGCUCCUAACCGUGGCAACGCAGACUUUACACCUGAGGCGGCUCAAGUGGCUCACAGCCCUAAGCCACCAGUUCAUGUCAAUAUUAGGCCAAACGUGAACAUCCAACAACCCAGGAAGUAAGUAAAAUACGUAAUUGAGUAGUUUGUAGUCAGCUAGAUUAGUAUGCCUUUUGAAUGUCAUCAUUAUAGCAGAACAUGACUCACCACAUCACUUUUGUGUACUUUGUGUAAUUUCUACAAAAAGAAAAGGAAUAAAUUGAUUGAAUUAAUUAAGAAUGAGACUCCACUCAUUCUUAAUUUUACUGUUUUUAUGAGUCAUAUAGCUGAAGAUAAGCAUAAUCAUCUGAAAACCUUCCAGUACUCUAGAUUUUUGGCUUCAUCCAACCUGUAAGGAAAAAAGACGUGAAAAUAUGUAUGUAUAUGGCGUCGAGAAUAAAUUGAAAAUGUUGACAUUCAAAAGAUUUAAGUUCUGCUAUAGCAAAGAUUACAUUAAGGAUUGUUAAACAUAUUUAAUUUGUUAUGUGUAACGAUUAUUAAGGUAAAUAUUGUAAAGUAUGCUGACUACACACUAUUAAAAAAUAUGGCAUAUCAUCAAUCAGUUUAUAUUAGGUGUUUGUGAAUAGAAGUUUUGAAUCUGUUGGAUAAAAAGAGGUUGUUAUUAUGAGUAACUGAAACAGAAACAUGUGACAAACUUGAAACAGGUGUACAAAUAAACCUAUAUUACAAAGACACCUAAGUACUAUGAUUACUACAUACAAUAGUAUGCAAUUGUGAAAUUAAUAAAAUUCCAUAGAACUACUUCAAAUUUAAAAGGAUUUUUUUUGAAAAUUAGUUUAUCAAUUGAUUAUUUUACACGGAAAUGCUUAUCAUCAAAUUCUUUUGAAUAUGUAUAAAAUAAAAAAUGACAAAAAGCUUAACACCUGAUAUAAACCAAAUGCCUAAAAAAAUAUUGCAAUCACUUAGAUUGCAGCUUAAGAGAUAUUGUACAUUGUAAGUUGACAUUAUUUAUUGUAAUAGUUGAUGGCAAACAUAUCUCUUAUUUUUGCUUACAUUUAAUUUUUUAUUUUUAAGAAACAAUAGACUAUUGUAAAAGAAAAAAUAAAUAGAACUUAACAUGAAAAAUAAACAUUACUUUUAAAACGGAAAUUUUUGUAUAUUGUAAUUAAAUUUUCGAGUGAAAAAAUAAAAAAAGAUGUUUAAUAUAAGUCAUUGUAUUUAAGAGUGCAAAAAAAGUGGAAUUGUAUGUAUUAGAAAAAAAUAGUGACUAAGGAUACUUUCAAAAAUUUUUUAUUAUUUCUUUGUUAAAAUUUCUCAGUACUUAAUUUUUACAAUAACUUUAAAGUUACUUGUGUACUGAUAUUGCAAUAUUCGUUGAUAUUUUAUAGUUUAAAUAUCUGCUUUUAUUUGGUGCUACAAGCAUAAAUUGAUAGCAUUUGUUUACAUUCCCAAUGUUUUUAAAUAUUAUGGGUUAAAUUAUGAAAUUGACAGUUCAUGCAAAAAAGUGAAUCAUUUGUUAGGUGCUUUUUUAUAUAAAAACUAGUUCCUUAUAUUUACACCAAGUUUCACUUUAAAGUUAGGUUUAAAAAGGCAAUUUCAUAGUUUAAAUCCCCUAUUACUUUAUUUCUUAUAUUUUUAUUUCUCACAUGGUCUAUAACAUGUUGAAGGGACCAUAGUUUUUAUAAGUUUUCUUUUUAGUUUAAAUACAUAAUUUUAAUUAAUUAAA